AUGUCGGCCUCUUCCGUCCACGACGUCGAAACUGGCUCCUUGAAGCUGGACACUAAAAAAGCAGACCUCUUGUCCAAGUCGAAAUUGGCCUCACCAUUCCCAUCUCCCACCGAAAAGAAACCCGCCUCGAUCAGGAACAAUCAGACAGACGAAAAUGAGGGGCCUGGUGCCCGAACUGAUAAGGAGAAUACGCGCCCUGCAUCCCUGAAGCAGGGUUCGCCGAGAGGCAGGUCCUCCCUGGGCACACGACCUCCCAACCGAUCGACCGACGACCAACAACCGUUCGUCCGCCAUCAGCGCCAACCAUCCGUUCCGGGGGUAUCCCCUCCAUCCCGCGCCCAGAGUGUACAAUUCCGGGAUACCGACACCGAACUUCCCGACGUGUCCCAGUCCCGACCACAGUCUCGACCCGUGUCUCGACCGGCAUCGCAGCAUGGCGAUGACGAGGAGCAGGGCCCGAAAGGGAAACAAUCGCUGUUUGGGAAAUUGAAGUCCUUCGCGGCAGUGUCUCAUUCGAGGUCGCCAAGUAGCGCGAGCGCGGAUUUCCGAGCACCACAGCCCGAUCUCGCGACCCCGGGAUCGGAAAGGGGAGAAUUCCGCUUCCCAGAGCCGCUCGAAGAAGAGGGGAGCGAGGGAGAUGCGGAUGCCGAAGAAAGCGGAGGCGAGCAGCGCGAGUCUCGUCCCAAGAAGCGGAAGCAGAAGAGAAGAAAGCAGCAAGAGAACGAAGACGGGACGCAGACAGCACCGGGGACCCCAAAGGGGCGCCGACCUUCCUUCCACUUCUCCUCAUCUUUCGCGCCGUUUGAGAACUAUAGAACAAAUCUGUUCCCCCGACGGGCCAGCACAACCGACUUUACGCCCCAAGCACGAGAGGGUGUUUCAGAAGAUGAAGGCCGGGAGAGGCUGAGUCGCCGUAUGCGAAACCGUCCGUGGACCAACACACGGGGGGCUAGCUAUACGGGGCGAAACCCCGAUGGCAACCAGGAGGACCCACGGCCAUCGAAUCUCCGGCGAUUGACUGGGUUCGCGGGACAAGGCAACGAAGAAAGCCUGACCGCAAGCUGGAGGCGUCACCGGAACGAGCGAGGCACAAGUGCCAGCGCUCAACGAUGGAAGCAAAUCAAGGCCGGCCUGAAGCUCAUCGGCCAGCGACGCAAGCCAGAAAAUACAGUGGACAAUAAAAAGUCGGCAGAGCUGCUGGCCGAACUCGCAUCGGCUGUGCCGGCUGCGCUAAUCCUGGCCAGCGCCUUCCAGCGCGACGAGCACGGCAGCAAGAGGAUCCCAAUUCUCCUCGAACAGCUGAAGGUUCGGGUCACCGAUAGCCGCAUUGAUUCUCACUCCGGCGAUCGUCACCUGGUGUUCCGAGUUGAGAUGGAAUACGGAAGUGGUAUGACACGAAUGAAGUGGAUUAUCUUCCGUACGCUGCGAGACUUUGCCAACCUACAUCUCAAGUAUAAACUUCACCUUGGAACUCAGAAGUAUAUCCAACUUCGAACCAGCGAAAACAGUCCCAGUCUCCCGCGAUUCCCCAGAAGUGCAUUCCCAUACAUGCGCGGUGUCCGAGGCCUGGAGAGUGAAUUCGAGGACGAAGACGAAGAAGGUGGCUAUGAAACCGGGGCGGAGGGUAUGAGUGGGACAGAAAGACCGCCGAUCAAGAAGAAACAGAGCCAGCAGCCGCAUCAGCGCCGGGUUUCUGGACCACUUGCCCGCAGAAAGUCCAGCAUAACGAACCAGGAAGGCGAGUCUGCUGGAGGGUUGGGGCCUUCAUCCACCCAUGAAGGAGCAUCAGGCGCUCGGAAAGAGACGUACCCCGGAAAACAGCGCAAGAAGCUUGAGCUGUAUCUGCAGAAGAUGAUCAGGUUCUUGAUCUUUAGAGCCGACAGCAAUCGCCUGUGCAAAUUCUUGGAAUUGUCUGCCCUGGGUGUCCGGUUGGCUGCAGAAGGCAGUUAUCAUGGCAAAGAAGGAUUCUUGAUCAUCCAAUCCUCCAAGGGCCUUGAUUUCCGGAAGGCUCUUACUCCUUCUCUGGUCAAGAAACGUCAUUGGCCCAAAUGGUUCCUGGUCAGACACAGCUACGUAGUCUGCGUGGACUCCCCGGAGGAGAUGAACAUCUAUGAUGUCUUCUUGGUGGAUUCCAACUUCAAGAUUCAGACACCCAAGCUCAGUCUUCGCAAUCAAAACCCGAAGGACCUGGCAAAAUCUGCCAAGCAAUCAGCGAGGCACCCUCAGCACCACACUCUUCGACUCGAGAAUUCAGAGCGCAAACUGAAACUCCUGGCCCGCAAUGAGCGUCAACUACAACAGUUUGAAGACUCAAUUCGCUUCAUGGUUGCCAACACUCCAUGGAUGCGCCCCAACCGGUUUGACAGCUUCGCCCCCGUGCGACAAAAUUGCUUCGCGCAAUGGCUGGUGGAUGCACGAGACCAUAUGUGGGUUGUCUCGCGAGCCAUCAACCAGGCCAAGGAUGUCAUUUACAUCCAUGACUGGUGGUUGAGCCCAGAGUUGUACAUGCGUCGCCCUGCUGCGAUCAGUCAAAAAUGGCGACUGGACCGUCUCCUCCAGCAGAAAGCACGAGAGGGUGUCAAGGUGUUUGUGAUUAUGUACCGCAACAUCAACUCUGCCAUCCCUAUUGACUCCGAGUAUUCCAAAUUCUCCCUUCUCGAUCUCCACCCCAAUAUCUUCGUCCAGCGGUCACCAAACCAGUUCCGCCAGAAUACUUUCUUCUGGGCUCAUCAUGAGAAGCUGUGUCUCAUUGAUCACACCAUUGCCUUUGUCGGUGGUAUUGAUCUAUGCUUUGGACGUUGGGAUACCCCCCAACAUCAGCUGACUGAUGACAAGCCUACUGGAUUUGAAACCACCGAUGGGCCCAAAGAUGCAGAUCAUUGUCAGCUUUGGCCAGGCAAGGAUUACUCCAAUCCAAGAAUCCAAGAUUUCUAUGAUCUGGACAAGCCGUACGAGGAGAUGUAUGACCGCAAUGUCGUUCCACGAAUGCCCUGGCAUGAUAUCUCCAUGCAUGUCGUGGGUCAGCCUGCUCGCGACCUUACCCGUCAUUUCGUGCAACGCUGGAACUACAUUUUACGCCAGCGGAAGCCUACACGACCGACACCCUUCCUCCUACCACCUCCGGAUUUCAAUCCCGCAGAUCUCGAGGCCUUGGGCCUCGAUGGCACCUGCGAAGUGCAGAUCUUGCGUUCUAGCAGCAUGUGGUCAACUGGAACCCCCGAUGUCACUGAGCACAGCAUUAUGAACGCCUACGUGAAAAUGAUCGAGGAGUCUGAGCACUUUGUGUAUAUUGAGAACCAGUUCUUCAUCAGUACGUGCGAGAUUGAUGGCAGGAAGAUUGAGAACCUCAUCGGAGAUGCUCUGGUUGAACGCAUUGUCCGGGCAGCCAAGAACGAGGAAGCAUGGCGUGCUGUCAUUGUUAUCCCGUUGAUGCCAGGCUUCCAAAACACCGUUGAUAGCGAGGGUGGUACGAGUGUUCGUCUCAUCAUGCAGUGUCAAUAUCGUAGUAUCUGCCGUGGAGAAACUUCGAUCUUUGGCCGCCUCCGUGCUCUUGGUAUUGAGCCAGAGGACUACAUUCAGUUCUUCAGUCUUCGAACCUGGGGCAAGAUUGGACCGCAAAAGCAGCUGGUCACCGAGCAACUCUACAUCCAUGCCAAGUGCAUGGUUGUGGAUGAUCGCGCGGCCAUCAUCGGAUCAGCCAACAUCAAUGAGCGAUCUAUGCUGGGCUCGCGAGACUCUGAAGUCGCGUCCAUUGUUCGGGAUACCGAUAUGAUCAUGUCAAGCAUGAACGGUAAACCCUAUAUGGUGGGACGAUUCCCUCACACUUUGCGCAUGCGCCUGAUGAGAGAGCAUCUUGGAAUUGAUGUCGACGAGCUCAUGGAGCAUGACUUUGCCACUGAAGAGGAGCUGCGCAAGAUCGAGGUUGCUGAGGGGGCAGGUCGCCCCGCCAAUGACAGAGAGCACAGAAAUUCAGGCUCCUCGGUCGUCGAAAGACAGGAUGAAAGGGAUAUGAUUGAUCGUCGGCACCGCGUUCAGGAUGAGUUCCUUUCUCGCUCCGAAGCGAUGUAUAGCUUCAAUCACGAUGUUGACUGGGAGCAAGGUGCUAACCCGAAUCUCAAAUCGAAUCGGAAGCUCACUGCUGACCCCCGAGUCACCGACAAUCCAGACCACAGAAAAGACGUCGAAGGUGAUGGCCAUGACCGGCUGGCAGCCGCUUCUCAGGCCGGACUCGGCGCGGGGCGUGAUUCUGACAUGAAAAACGGAAGAGAGGCAUUGCUCUCCCCUAUCGCCUCAGAGGGCAAGGGUACACUAGAGCGUCCGAGAUCAUCUUCGCAACAACAAUCUCAUUCAUCAUCGACGGUCAAUGAGCGACAACCCGACUCGGGCGAAACCAAUGGCGAUGCUAUCCCGCAAGGCCAUGGAGCUCCUGGGUUAUCGACACGCGAGUCGGAGCCCGGACUCACUGUGUCUAGAGAGGAAACCGAACAGUCCAAAAACCAUCACCCGUUGGCUCCGGAUCUCAAGCGCAUCUUCAUUGACAACGACUGCAUGAGAGACCCAGUGAUUGAUGGCUUCUAUCUGGACACAUGGCAAGCUGUCGCCGAGAAGAACACUAAGAUCUACCGCUCUGUGUUCCGAUGCAUGCCAGACAACGAGGUCAAGAAUUGGAAGGAAUACAAAGAGUACGCUGCAUACGGCGAGCGCUUUGCAGAAAUGCAGAGCCAGCAGGGCAACAAACCAAGCCAGCCUACACAAAAACAAAAUGGUGCCCCUCCACCCGGUGGCGCAGUCAGUUCUCCAAUGUCAAUUGCCUCUCAAUUGCCAUUCAUCACCCCGAAGGUGGCCGAUGGAUCGCCUGCAGACCCCAAGAGCCCUCAGACGAUUGACGAGAAGAUUGGAUCUGGGAACGAGUCCACCCGUCCCCAGUCAGAGCACCUGGCGAAGCAGGAGACCCUGUCAUCAAUUGAUGAAAAGGCUGCCUUGAAGACUGCAUCAGACUCUAAUCUGGUGAGCAGUGUUGCGAAUGCAACCGGUGACGACAACACUGUCACCGAGGACGCUGAAAAGUCACGUUCAGCUUCAGCCCAGGUUGAUUACUCUGAGGCUGUGAACCUGAACCUGAACUCAACCAGCCAGUCUCGGAGACGCAGACGCAGAGCUACAACCAUCGGCUCGAAGCGUGAUCCCCAUGGGGCAGACGAGUUCAUGGACAAGGGUCGUGCAGAGGACCUUCUCAACAAAACUCAGGGCCAUCUCAUCUUGUGGCCAUACGACUGGCUGGAAAAGGAGGAACAAGGCGGGAAUUGGCUCUAUGCUUUGGAUCAAAUCUCCCCACUGGAGAUUUACAACUAA